AUGAAUUCUGGGGAAACUGUGUGGAGAGAGAUAACGGCGAAGGAGCUUGCAAUCAUUCAUUCACUUCUCUCCGACCUUUGUUUCCACGAAGCCAUGAAGUCCAUAGGACUGUAUUAUUUCCGUGUGCUGGCAGUUCUGGGGAAACUGUGUGGGACCUUCCCCCUCCAGCGGGUUCGAUCCAUCGGGAGGAAGGGCGAGGCCUUGCAAUUCCGUUAUUGCAGUCUGGCUUUCCUCUAUGGACUCAUCUGCAUCCCUCUCACGAUCUGUCUUCCUGUAAUCAUCGCGGGGUGUCUCUACAUCCUAUCGUCUCCCCAUGCCACUUGGUACGACGGACUGAUCCAGGAACUAGUCUCCGUUACAUCCGGGACGGGAACGACGGGUCAGAUAGCCCAGAUCAUUCAAAUCGCUCAAGGGUGUUUCAUCAUCUGCACCGUCUACUGUGUAAAUAUUUUCAAGGCGAAGCAGAUCCCAAAGCUUUUGGAAAGGUUGGAACAGCUGGAGAUGAAGAUUGGCUUGUUGCCAGAAGAUCAGAUGCGUCUCAGGCGAUUUAGUUCAAUAGAUCUCAAUUUCACGUACAUCUGCAAAUUUUUGGAAGCGAUUUCCGUCAGCAACGUAACUACCCUGAAGCAAUCUCUAACGAACUACAAUAGGACCACCAGCGACAGGAGGGAAUCGGAAUCCAAACUCAGCAUCGCUAUCGAAGAUACCCGACAGCGAUACUUCCAAGUGAGCGACGCCGUGGAACACACGAGCAGCGUCUUCCACCCCGCGAUGUUGAUCCGCUUUUUCAACGGUAUUUCGGUCAUCACAGUCACCAUCUACCUGUGUGCUGAGAACUGGGAGAGGGAGAGAGUGCUUCAUGUCGUUGAUCAGGCUGCCCUUGUCUUCGCCCUGUCCGCGUUGCUUUUCGUCGUCAGCAAAGCCGGAGGAAAUGUGUCGGAACGUACCGAGGCAUUGCUGAAAGAGGUCUCAAAGGAGUGCGGAGUCAACUUGAGUCCUCAGAUAUGGCAGCAGAUGCAAGGCUUCCAGAUGCAGGUCUCCUCACACCCGUUGAGGAUCACUGCAUCCAACUACUUCACGAUCGAUAAGGGGAUUCUCACUGCCGCGUUCGGGACGAUAGUGACGUACUUGGUGGUUUUGCUGCAAUUUCGUCUGGAGGAAAUCAUGGACGAUUCACUCCCAUCAAAUUCUACUGGGAUAAACUAG